ACACACUCACGACACACCAAACGCCUACUCCAGCAACUCCACCGUCCACAGUACUCCACGCUUGGAAGGAAUCUGGAAAGGAAAGAUCCCAACAACUAUAACAAAGCAGAGCCCGUCAUCUUCAUUUUCCACUCUCUCUCUCUGACUAUUCAUCUCGCUGGUAAAUUCUGCUAAUUUACCAGUAAUUUAUUUGUCAGGGUUUUUACUGUAAAAAUAACUCAAAUCCAUUUUUUAGCGAGUGACCAACCCGAUCGAAGAUGGGAGGAGGAGGAGCAGAACAUGGACACGGAGCUGAGGGGGCCCACGGUGACUUUAGGGCGAAGGUAUGGAGCAUGAGUGGAGGUCCAUACUGCAGACCUAAGCACUGGCGCCGUAACACCGCCAUCGCCAUGUUCGGCGUCUUCCUCAUCUGCAUUCCAAUCGCCAUGAAAUCCGCUGAACUCGAGCAACGGCCACAUCAUCCUGUUCGCCCAAUUCCAUCACAGCUCUGGUGCAAGAACUUUGGGAAUAAAGAUUACAAUGACGUGCAGUAACUUUUGGAGCUUCAGUUGUAACUUUCAGCAUGGCAAAGCGCCCGUUGUAUCUUUUGAUUGCAGGUUUCAGUAAAUUGAGAAUGUUCUGGUAAUACUAGAAUAAGAUUUAAAUCGUACAACUUAAGGAGUGGGUAUGAUCAUACUGUUAAUAAAUUGCCCUGUCCUAUUUUCUGCCAUCAAGAAAAUGUUGAAACUGAUGUUUGAAAUUGCAAUUUUGAUGCUAUUUUUUUCCUUUCUUUAUAA